UCUAAGAGGCAGCUCCGUCACCAAGUGGCAUCUCUAAAGAAACUUCAGUCUCCCACCCAAGGCACCUGCACACUUUCCGAGUAGGUCCCAGCACCUACCACCUUCUUCAAGAUGUUCUCCAAUUUCUGCUGGGUCUUUCUUCACCCCUGAGAGACAAAGCAAGAAUGAGCGUGCGAUCACGUGGUGGGAGCGGCAGAGGCUCAGGACGCAGCAGGUGGCUUUGGCUCCUGUGCUCUAAAGGCGCCUGCGGUAACAGUGGCGGCUCCUUCUUCCUGGAGGCGGCUUUGGCUCCAGUGGACCUUUGCUAUGGUGGCGGCAACAGCGGCGGCACUGGCUCCUGGCUUGGCGGCGGCGGCGGCGGCGGCGGCGGCGGCGGCGGCGGCGGCGGCAGCAACAACAGCAACAUCGUGGGUUGCAGCGUGGUGGCUCGACAAGGUGUUUGCUCCAGUAAUUCCGGUGCUCUGGCAGAAGCGAUGGCGGUGUCAUUGGCUUCUUGCUCUGGUAGCAGCAGCGACAUUGGCUCCAGCGUUUCGUGUGCUCUGUCAGCAGCCGCGACUUUGUGCUCUGGUGGCGAAGAUGGCUCGGUGAGGCGGCGUCAACGGUUCCUAUGCUCUGGCGGCUUAGCUCCCAACAGUUUCUGUGCUCUGGCGGCGUUGGCUCCGUGCUCUGGGGCUCUGGAGGCGGCGUCGGUUCCUGAGCUCCCGAAGAGGCGUUGGCUCCAACGGUUCCUGUGCUGCAGCGGCGGCUGGGGCGGCGACGGCGGCCUUAGCCCCAACGUUCCUUUGCUCUAGCGGCAGCUGCAGGAGUGCCGUUGGCUCUGUGCUCUGGUGGCAGCUAUGGCGGCAACCGUAAGGGCCUUAGCUCCAAUGUUCCUGUGCUCUGGAGGCAGCGACUGUGGCUUCCUGCCUGCCCUGGUGGCAUUUGCUCCCUGCUGUGGCGGCUUGGUGGCGGGGGCUCCCUGAGUGGCGGAGCUGGCAGUGGGACUCCGCAAGGCGGCAGGAUUCCCUGCUGUGGCCGCGGUGGAGGCAACCUUGGCAGCAGCUACCACAACUACUACUGUGAUCAAGACACAGUUACAACAGCAGCUGUGCUAAUGGUGGCAGGGAAAUGGACACUUGCUGUUGGUUAGCUCAAGUGCCCCGCCCUGAAGUUCGGUUUGCCCUCUGGGGGCGUGGCUGCAGAGACAGUUCAUAAAUUUGGACCAAUAAUGUUGCUACUAUUUGCAAACCCUUAUUAGCAUAAAGGAGAAUAGAUAGCAUUGACACAAGAGAUAUGUACACGCUAGCUGCGCACACUCAAGCACCAAGCCUCUGUGCAGUGUUCAGAGAUAGAUUUUGGCGUUUCGAUUUAGCAUACUCAGCACCCUGAACCCUGCAAAACAAAAUUGGUGGUGAGCUUCUGUGGUCUGCUUGAAUACCUGCUAUUUCAUAAGGCAAACAACAACAACAAAAUGCUCAGCAUGUUUCCUGAAACUCCAUUCUUCUCACAGAGAGAAAAGAUACGUUGGACUGAACUUUUUUUUCCCUCCCUGCAUACUCUUUUAUGAGUUGAGUCUUCCUACCUGAAAAUAAAUCAGAGUGUAUGAAAUUAACUUGUGUUAUUUAAUUUCGUCUCCUUCAGGAAAUGAAAUGCGUUAUCAAACCUGAAGCAAAUUUAUAUUUUUCCUCUUAUUUCCCUCCUAUCUUUUAGG